AUGGCUAAGAAUAUUCCCGGUCCACCGCCUCUACCAUUCGUUGGAAACGCUUUGAAGUUUAUGUGCCAACCAGAAGAGAUGAUAAAAGUUAUAAAAGUUUUGAUAACAGAAUAUGGAGAUGUACUUAGAUUCUGGCUUGCAACAGAUUUAAAUAUAGUUGUGAGUAAUCCUGAAGAUAUUAAGCUUCUUCUAACUAAUAAUAAAACAAGUGUCAAAGGACCUCAAUAUAGAUAUAUGGCAGAUGUCCUGGGUGGCGGGAUAUUGAGCGGAUCAGGUACGCCGUGGCGAAAGCAUCGGAAAAUUGCAACACCAAACUACGGAAAACGUGCAAUUGAAAGUUAUAGUGAUAUAUUCAAUAAUGAGGCAAAUUUGCUGCUUAAAAAAUUUCAAAAACUAAGUAACGGACAAGAAAUAGAUAUUUAUAAGCCUAUCGUUCAAACUACUACUUGGACUGUUUGUCAGACUCUUAUGGGCUUAACUAAAGAAGAAACAAUGGAGCUACCACAUUUACAGUAUCUUAUAGACUCGAGCCCUGGAAUGUAUGACAUAGUGUUUGAGAGAAUGACAAAAUGGUAUCUUCAAUUAGAUCCCGUAUUUUGGUUAACGAAAUCAAACAAGGAACUUAAAUGCUUUAUGAAACGUAUGGAUGAAUUUAGUGCUGCUAUAAUAAAACAAAAAGUUAAGAAAUUAGCUAAUAUAAAGGAAAAUCUAGACAUACUUACUCCAGAAGAGGAUUCUUCAAAAAAUACUCAAUUAAGUGUCAUAGAUAGAUUCAUAUUGUCACACGAAUUAGAUUCAAAAGAAUUAUUACGAGAAACAUUUACGGUUUUUACGUCUAGUCAAGAGGCAUCAGCAAAAAUAACGUCAUUUCUGCUAAUGAUGAUGGCUUAUCAUCCAACUUGUCAGGAAAAGCUAUACGCCGAAAUAAUAAAUGUACUUGAUGAUAACAAUACACAAGUUACAGAUGAACAUCUAAAACAAAUGCCGUAUUUGGAAAUGGCGUUUAAAGAAGUACUUAGACUAUUUCCUAUAGGGGGCAUGUUGCAAAGGACAAUAAACGAAGAUAUUUCUAUCAGUUCGUGUACCCUUCCAGCAGGAUCUUCUUUAGUUAUACCCAUAUACCAUAUCCACCGAGAUCCUAGGUUCUGGAAAAAUCCAGAUGCUUUUGACCCUGAACGAUUUAAUCCUGAAAAUUGCAAAAACCGCCCUACUUAUUGUUACGUUCCUUUCAGUUUAGGACCAAUGGAUUGUUUAGGAAGAUAUUUUGGGACUAAAUUAAUAAAGACCGUAGUCAUCAAGAUUCUGCGAAGGUUUAAAUUAUCUACACCAAGAUUAUACAAAGAUCUUCGAAUAGCAAUAUCGAUAUCUGCAACAUCUUUGGACGGAUACCAUGCUAUUUUAAUCCCAAGACAU